AUGCCGGAGAGGGGCGAGUGCUUCUGCGAGGACGGCUUCACUGGGCUUUACUGCGAGGCGGACGCCGAUGACUGCCUCUCUUCGCCCUGUCGACACGGCGGCACGUGCUCAGACCUCGUCCGAGGCUUCUCCUGUGCCUGUAACCCCGGAUACGCAGGGGAGCGCUGCGAGCUGACGGUGGCCGGCUGCGAACAGGCCCGCUGUGAAAACGGCGCCUCGUGCGUGCGCGCUCUUCACGGCACGGCGUGCCUCUGCCCGCCCGGCUUCAGCGGCCUCCGCUGCGAGACGGACGUGAGCGUGUGCCGCCUGGUGUCACCGCCGCACGUGCGCUGCCACAACGGCGGCCUGUGCCGCGACGGCCUGGCCAACACAUACCGCUGCCAGUGUCAGCCAGGGUUUGCGGGGGCGACCUGCCUGACGGAUGUGGACGAAUGCGCCUCCUCUCCGUGCCAAAACGGUGGCACUUGCUUCGACCAGAUAAAUGGCUUCCGAUGUUCUUGCUCGGUUGGCUUCUCCGGACACCGCUGCCAGACAGCGCUGCGGUCCUGCGAGCAGAACGUGUGCGACAACGGAGCGCUGUGUGUGCGGACCGGUGGCGGCCCGGCCUGCCUGUGCCGGCCCGACUUCCACGGCGACCGUUGCCAGUUUCAGUACGACGACUGCCUGCCCAAGCCCAGAUGCCUACAUGGUGGCGUAUGUGUGGAUGGUAUAAACAGUUUCCGGUGCGAGUGCGCGCCACAAACCUCGGGCCGCUUCUGCCAGUGCGUGUCGACCACCAACGGGACGUACUGCGUGGCACCGGAGCACACGGCGGCGCGCGUGGCCGGCCUUCACUCGCACCACGUGGUCACCAUCGACUACCGCACCGUGACCAGCACUGCCAUCGUCGCCACGGAGUACGUGGAGACCACGCCUCACGUGGGUAACGUCACGGCGACGACGGCGUCUGCCGAGGCGGCCACGACAACCGAGAUCUUGCCAUCCUUCGCGAGCACGCCGAGCGAGGCGAGCGGCUGGACGGAGACGUCCACACUAUCUGACACGACGACAGGGGAGACGUCCACACCGUCUAGCCUGGCGACAGGGGAGACGUCCGCACCGUCUGACACGACAACAGGGGAGACGUCCGCACCGUCUGACACGACGACAGGGGGGACGUCCACACCGUCUGACCUGGCGGCAGGGGAGACGUUAACACCGCCUGACAUGACGACCGCAGAGACGUCCACACCGUCUGACAUGACGACAAGGGAGACAUCCACACCAUCUGACACGGCGACAGGGGAGGCAUCCACACUGUCUGACAUGACGACCGGGGAGAUAUCCACACCAUCUGGUAUGACAACCGGGGGGACGUCCACACCGUCUGACACGAGGACAGGGGAGACAUCCACACCGUCUGACACGACGACAGAUGAGACGUCCACACCGUCUGACACGACGACAGGGGAGACAUCCACACCGUCUGACACGACGACAGGUGAGACGUCCACACCGUCUGACACGACGACAGGGGAGACAUCCACACCAUCUGACACGAGGACAGGGGAGACAUCCACACUGUCUGACAUGACGACAGAGGACACAUCCACACUGUCUGACAUGACGACAGGGGAGACAUCCAUACCGUCUGACACGACGACAGGGGAGACAACCGUGUAUUUCGAUGGAGCAGCUGGCCCGACGACAACGCCGCCCACCACGAGUCUCCAGCCGUCUGAAGCGUCACAGGUGCGGCCAUUCAUCCCACGACCGGACGGUCUGACUUCUGACCUGCCCAUCCGCUUCUUUCCGGAAACGUACCUCCUGCUGGAGAGCGAGGACAAGCUGGGCCCGGGGUCGCCUCCAGACCCUGACCAGCUGGAGGUCGGGGACUCCCCUGGUGACGAGUGGUGGAAAGACGAGCUGGGUGGAGCAGUCCCCUCGGACGACAAGAGGAAGGAGGUUGCGGUGGGGGUCGCGCAGCCGGAGAAGGCCAAGCAAUGGACCAGCGGGGAUCAGCCGAACACCUACUCCGAGAAUGGCGAGAGAGUUAAACUGAAGAUCAGCUUCGCGACGCUGUCGGAGACGGGCGGCAUCGUGAGCUCGCUGCCGGCGGACGUGCCGCCCUGGUACCGGCUGCGGCUGGCCGGCGGCCUGUUGCGGCUCGAGUUCUCCUGCUCCGGACGCCAGGCUACCUCCUUCAUCGAGUCGCAGGCCAAGGUCAACACAGGUCGCCAGGUCACCGUGGAUUUUGUUCUGCGGUGGGUGGCUGGACCUCCAGGAGUCCAGUCCCGGUGCAAGGCCGCCAUGCGGACGUCCGGGUCUCCCGUCAUGACGGCCCAGCAGUUCGCCGACCGGCCGCUGGAUCGGAGGGUGGCGCUAGUGGUCGGCAGUCGGCGCGGCCGGCCGGGUUUCGACGGCUACCUGCUUGAUCUGCGCGUCAACGGCAGGCCCUAUGAGCAACUGUUCAUCGUAGUGGCCGACAGCGUGGGCAGAUUCAAAGCUCCCUGUGAAGAAGUGCAGUGCGAGAACAACAGCACGUGCCUGCAGAACACCUGGAUGUCUGUCACCUGCCUGUGUCAACGUGGUUUCAGCGGCCCGCGCUGUGGCUCGGUCCAGUGCGACCCGGCGCUGUGCGGGCCCGGGGCCCAGUGCGUGGUACCGGAGACCGGUGCCACCGUCUGCAUGUGCCCCCUCGGACGAAUGGGCGACUUCUGUCAAACAGAGACGUCUUACUCCGAGUCCCGCUACGAGUUCCACGGCUCCCUCGGCGGUCUCUCCUCAUACCUGGCGCUGAACGUCAGCAGCGGCCUGCGCCAUCAGUUCUGGAUGUUCUUUCAUCUGAUCACCAACGACACCGGGCAGACUGCUAUGCUGGCUGCGUUCACCCAUCCACGGCCGGUCGGACCCACGCCGGGGCCGCUUGAGCCUAAAAGGGGCCUGAACAGCUUGGCCGGGCGGACGCGGGAUGAAUCUGAUGCUGCUGUGCUAUCGUCUCUUUUCACCGAGGUGGACUUCAUCUCGCCGCGGCUGUGGCAGCAUGUUGACGGUGACUUCUUCGCCAUCACGCUCAGCAGAGGAUACGUCACUGUCACGUGGCACUUGGGCUCAGGUAGCAAGAGACUGAUGUCGGAAGCACCUCUGGACCCGGAGAUGUCUGUGCAGACCAUCCGGGUGGGUCGCAGAGCUCGGAGGGUGUGGCUGCAGGUGAACACGCAGCGAGUCGUCACCGCCCGCGCGCCGGGAGCCUACAGCAAACUGGAUGUGCCGCCCGUCUUGUAUGUAGGCGGGCACGAGAGUCGGAGACACGCAGACCUGCCAGCGGACCUGGCCCUCUACCCCGGCUUUUCGGGCUGCCUGUUUGACCUGCGUCUCGGCUUGCACAGCUACAAGGGCAAGUCGAUAACAGAUAGCAGUAUGGGUCUGGGCCGCAGCAUUUCCCUGCGCUCCACCGUGAUGGCUGGCGAAGAACGGCUUCGUCACGUGCCGAUGAACCGGUUUUACAAGCUGGCUGGUCGCAUCGAGAGGCUGCUGCAGCUGAUCUGCAUGGCUGUAUGGCUGAUCUGCGUGGCUUCGUCACUGUACGGCUGA